ACCAGCCACAAGGGAAAGAUCUGUGAAUUUUUGUAAUGGAAAGCGGUAGCCUCUAGGGCCCAGAGGAUAUGCAGGGAGGCAUUUUCUCUUGCUGGUGCAGCUGAGAGCGAGCGAGCGAGAGCGAGACCUGGAAAUGAAAGUAAAGAGAUCAGGAGGCACAUGGAGGGAGCUGCAGGGGCAGCCGAUCCAGAAGCAGAAUGCUGCCUUCUGUAAUUAAAUAGCACUUAUUAUUAUUAUUACUUCUAGUAAUAAUACAUUAAUAAUAUCUCUAGUAAUACAAUACCAUUUAUCAAGGAAAGUUUAUACAUAGUGUGGGGGGGAAAACCCGAGAAGAGCAAGUAUAAUGGAGAGACAGAAAAGAAAACAAGAAAUAGAGAAAGGACUUCAGUUCAUUCAGUCCACAUUACCCCUAAGUCAAGAAGAUUAUGAGGCCUUUUUGCAGAAACUGGUGAGAAACUUGUUUGCAGAGGGCAAUGAUUUGUUUCGAGAGAAGGAUUUCAAGCUUUCGCUGGUACAGUAUGUAGAAGGGCUGAACGUGGCAGAUUAUGCAGCCUCUGAUGAGGUGACCAUCCCAAAGGAGCUCCUCUGCAAGCUACAUGUCAACCGAGCUGCCUGCUACUUUGCCAUGGGAUUGUAUGAGAAGGCACUGGAAGACAGUGAGAAGGCUUUAAGUCUCGACAAGGAGAACAUCCGAGCGCUAUUCCGGAAAGCCCGCUCCUUAAAUGAGCUUGGAAGACACAAAGAAGCGUAUGAGUGCAAUAGCCGGUGCUUGCUGUCCCUCCCACAUGAUGAAAGUGUCACACAACUGGGACAGGAACUUGCCCAGAAGCUGGGACUGAGGGUUCGAAAAGCAUACAAAAGACCUCAGCAGGAAUUGGAAACAUUCUCACUACUCAGUAAUGGCACAUCAAUCAGUUCGUCAAACCAGACUACUUCCAAUGGAUUGGGUUCAAUAGAUGACAUCGAAACAGACUGCGCUAUGGACCUGCAGUGCCUCCCGGCUCCUGUGGCCGCCUCCAUCCCUGUGAAUGAUGGGCUGGCCCCUUUGCCCUCUGACUCAGAUGCAAAGGGCUUGCCUACCUCGCUCCCUGCUGCCAGCUUGCUCCCAUCUCCAGACUGUGUACCCUUGCCAGUGCCUGAGAGCGUGGAGGACUUCACAGAUGGGGACAUCAUUGGGGAAGAACUGGACUCCCUCCUGGACUCCCUUGCUGAAGGGUCACCAUACCCUCUAUCUCUGGUCCAGGGCACCAUUCCUGCCAGCCUGCCAACUGAGAUGCCCCAGUUGAUUCCUGUGUUUCCGGGGGGAACUCCGCUGCUGCCUCCAGUCGUGACAGCCAACAUCCCCGUCUCCACCCCUCUGCCACCCGCCUCCUUUGGCCUGGUGAUGGAUCCCACCAAGCAGCUCUCCUCCUCCUCUGUCCUGGAUGCCUUUGAGGCCCCACCAGGAGGAAGUGGUGGCUCUACUUUAGAUUCUCUGGAUUCCCUGGAUCUGCUUCCCUACACAGACACAGGGCUCGAUGCCCUGGACUCCUUUGGGACAAGCAGAGGGUCGCUGGAUGCCUUGGAUUCCUUUGCCAUUGAAGAAACUAGCUCUCAGGAACUGCGACACCCACCUGGCAGCCAAAAACCAUCCCCCGUGGUCAGCCUUGGUGGAGUGAGUCACCCAACUGUGCCCAAGGUCACUGAGCACCUCCUGUCCCAGCCAGAACCAGUAAUGCCCAACACAGCCCUGCUAGUGAAGAACCCACUGGCAGCUACUCACGUCUUCAAGCAAGCCUGUCAUAUCUGCUACCCCAAAACAGGGCCCAAGGCUGGUGAUUACACCUAUCGGGAAGGCUUGGAGCACAAGUGCAAGCGGGACAUCCUGCUGGGCAGGCUGAAGAACUCGGAAGAUAAGACCUGGAAGAGGAUCCGUCCUCGCCCAACAAAAACCAACUUUGUAGGAUCCUAUUACCUGUGCAAAGAUAUGCUUAACAAGCAGGACUGUAAGUACGGGGAUAACUGCACCUUCGCGUACCACCAGGAAGAGAUCGACGUGUGGACGGAGGAGAGGAAGGGGACCCUCAACCGUGACCUCCUCUUUGACCCGCUAGGUGGGAUCAAGCAGAGCAGCCUCACAAUUGCCAAGCUCCUCAAGGAACAUCAGGGCAUCUUCACCUUCCUCUGUGAGAUUUGCUUCGACAGCAAACCCCGGAUUAUCAGCAAAGGGACCAAGGACACACCAUCUGUCUGCUCCAACCUUUCUGCCAAACACAGUUUCCAUGACAACAAGUGUCUGGUCCACAUUGUGCGUUCCACCUCCCUGAAAUAUUCCAAAAUCCGUCAGUUCCAAGAGCACUUCCAGUUUGACGUGUGCCGACAUGAGGUGCGUUAUGGCUGCCUACGUGAAGACAGCUGCCACUUUGCUCACAGUUUCAUUGAGCUCAAGGUCUGGCUGCUGCAGCAAUAUUCAGGAAUGACCCAUGAAGAUAUCGUGCAGGAAUCUAAAAAGUACUGGCAGCAGAUGGAGGCACAUGCCAGCAAACCAGCCAACAGCAUGGCUUCUUCCCGGACUCCCACGUCAAGCACCUUUGACCUCCAGAUGAAAUUUGUGUGUGGCCAGUGCUGGAGGAAUGGGCAGCUGGUGGAGCCAGAUAAAGACCUCAAGUACUGUAGUGCCAAAGCCCGCCACUGCUGGACGAAGGAACGCCGUGUCCUGCUGGUGAUGUCCAAAGCAAAGAAGAAGUGGGUGUCAGUCCGACCACUGCCUCCCACCCGCAACUUCCCACAGCAAUAUGAUUUGUGUAUCCAUGCACAGAAUGGCAGGAAAUGCCAAUAUGUGGGCAACUGCUCCUUUGCCCACAGUCCUGAGGAGAGAGACAUGUGGACCUUCAUGAAAGAAAAUAAAAUACUAGAUAUGCAGCAGACCUAUGACAUGUGGCUAAAGAAACACAAUCCCGGGAAGCCUGGAGAGGGAACACCACUCACCUCACGAGAAGGGGAGAAGCAGAUCCAGAUGCCCACCGACUAUGCUGACAUCAUGAUGGGCUACCACUGCUGGCUCUGCGGGAAGAACAGCAACAGCAAGAAGCAAUGGCAGCAGCACAUCCAGUCGGAAAAACACAAGGAAAAGGUCUUCACCUCAGACAGUGAUUCCAGCUGCUGGACCUACCGCUUCCCCAUGGGUGAAUUCCGGCUCUGUGAAAGGUUUCAGAAGAACAAGGCCUGUCCUGAGGGAGAGGAGUGUCGCUAUGCCCAUGGCCAGGACGAACUGACGGAGUGGCUGGACCGGAGGGAAGUGCUGAAACAGAAACUGGCCAAAGCCCGCAAGGACAUGCUGCUCUGCCCCAGGGAUGACGACUUCGGGAAAUACAACUUCCUAUUGCGGGAUGGUGUAUAGUAAGGGCAGGGGAGAGCCUGUCAGCUGCAGAAAUACGGGGUGGGUUUUCCGAGUGGCAGUAGCAGGGAGAGCGAGAUCUGUGUCUUGCAAAGAGAACAUUUUCUUUUCUUUUCUUCUAAGAUUAUGAGAUGAUGAUUUAUUAGUGAUGAAUGAAUUUGUGAAUUUGAUUCUCCUUGGUCAGCGAACGCCGUGCUCACUGAGUUUGUAAUCCAUUUUUUUCCCUUUCUUUCCCCCAAGUUCUCCCUCCACUCCAUCUUUCUGUUUUCACUGUCCAAAGAAAUUAAUUCAGUUUGUACUGGGCUGCAAAACAGAGCAUUUCUCCUUGUGUUAUUACUCUGUCCUUCAGAGUACAACUGCGGAGGUCUGGAGGACAGACCUGAGAGAAAGGGCCAGAGAAGCUGUGGAUGCCCCAUCCCCGAAGUGUUCAAGGCCAGGUUGGAUAGAGCUCUGAGCAACAUGGUCUUGUGGAAGGUGUCU